UAGGCAAUUGAACCGUUCCAACUUCAAAUGAAGAGCUGAUUUUGGCGUUUUACACAUUAACCUUUUUAACAUGUCGUCAGAAUGUGACGAAGUUCAAUUUUUGCGUUGAAGGUGUCUUUAAGAAUCGAAGAGACCGUGGUGAAUACAUCUCAGCUGAGGAGGCCGCUGAAGGAGCCAUGUUGAGCGGCUGGCUGAGUAUGUUGUGUUAAGUUUUGCGAUUUUCUAGAUAUUACUCAUUUCCUAUUUAUUUGGAUUAUUUUAACAAAUGUUUAAAUCGUGGUAUGUGCGCUGUACUAGACAAGACUGUCUGUAUAGGCAAUCAGUUGACUCUCGUUGAAGGUCUUCUAGGUACUUCAUAGUAUUAUCGCUGAAAUUGGAGCUGGCGAGCCCGUCCAAAGCUCAUCAUGGAUACAGCUAAGGAUGAAGAUCGGAAGAGGCGACUGAGGACUUUGGAAGAAAAAAUUCAGGAUCCAAGGAGUGUCACAAAUGUUGACUGUCUUUUAGAUACUGUUCAAGCUUUGGUGGCUGACUGUGAUCAUCCCUCUGUAAAACGUAUGAAAAACAUAGAAGCAUACAUGAAUAGAUAUGACCAUGUAGCAUCUGAUAUAUGCAAUCUGAGAAUGAAGACUGAUGACUUCACAUUAAUCAAAGUUAUUGGCCGUGGAGCAUUUGGAGAGGUUCAACUGGUCAGACACAAAUUUACUCAGAAAGUGUUUGCAAUGAAGCUGCUCAGCAAAUUUGAAAUGAUUAAACGUUCAGACUCUGCAUUUUUUUGGGAAGAAAGAGACAUAAUGGCUCAUGCUAAUUCAGAAUGGAUUGUUCAACUCCAUUUUGCUUUUCAGGAUCAGAAAUAUCUUUACAUGGUCAUGGAUUACAUGCCAGGUGGUGAUUUAGUUAAUCUUAUGUCUAAUUAUGUUGUGCCAGAAAAAUGGGCAAAGUUUUAUUGUGCUGAAGUUGUGUUGGCGCUGGACGCAAUACAUUCAAUGGGUUUUGUACACAGAGAUGUGAAACCAGACAACAUGCUGCUGGACAGACAUGGACAUUUAAAACUGGCUGAUUUCGGAACCUGUAUGAAGAUGGACACGGAUGGUCUUGUACGGUCUGAUACUGCUGUAGGCACACCUGACUACAUAUCACCAGAAGUUUUGCAAUCGCAAGGGGGUGAAGGUGUCUAUGGGCGAGAAUGUGAUUGGUGGUCUGUUGGUGUUUUCCUGUAUGAAAUGUUAGUGGGAGACACACCAUUCUACGCAGAUAGCCUUGUUGGGACGUAUUCGAAAAUCAUGGACCACAGCAACUCUUUGCAUUUCCCCAACGACACUGAAAUAUCUCACCAGGCCAAAUCUCUUAUUUAUGGUUUUCUUACCGACAGAACCAAACGCCUUGGUAGAAAUGGUGUGGAGGAAAUAAAGUCACACCCAUUUUUCAGAAACGAUCAAUGGACAUUUGAUAACCUUCGUGAAUGUGUCCCACCUGUUGUACCAGAACUAUCUGGCGAUGAUGAUACAAGCAAUUUCGAUGAAGUUGAUAAGGAUGAAACUCCUGAAGAAAACUUUACUACCCCAAAGGCAUUCGCUGGCAACCACCUGCCUUUUGUUGGGUUUACCUACUCAAGAGACUACCAAUUAUUAGGAGGGAGGAAUACUGAUUCACCUGAUGCUUGCUCUGGGAACCAUGUUGGAGGAGGUGAAACACCACUUCAUACUAAGCAAUUGGAAGCUGACCUUGAAACAGAAAGAAGACUAGUUGAGGGACUUGAAGCAAAGCAACGAACUCUGGUGUCCAGGCUAGAUUCUGUUACAAAACGAGAAACAGAAUUGAGAGAGGAGGCCAAUGCUUUAGAAAAGAAACUCACAAUCUUAAAGCAUGACCUCAAGGAGAGUCAGAGAAAGGCAGACGGUGAAAAUGAGGCCAGAAGGAAAGCAGAAUCACUUCUGCAUGAUAUGAAACGUAAAUUAGACGAAGAGACCAACAAGCGCACUAGAGAGAUGAACAACAAUCAGCAAACUAGUGAUAAAAUUGCAUCCUUAGAAAAGCAAGUGGCUGACAUGCAAGAAAAAAUUAAAACUGAAUCAGAGACAUCUGCUAGGCUUCGAAAGCAAGCAGCAGAACUAACUGUUGCUCAAUCAGCCAGUGAGCAAAUGCAAGCUGAAUUGAAAGCAAUGUUACUGCUCCUUCAAAACCAGCGAGACUCCCUUCAACAAGAAGUAGCAUCUCUUCAAGGGCAGCUUAGUCAAGAGCGUAGUGAGAGAACUCAAGCUUCAGAUUUACACAAUGAAUUAGAAGUCCGACUUCAAUCAGUUCUUGGAGAGAUGGAGAGAUGUGCCCAGCGUGAAAACAAGGUCACUGAAGACAAUCGUCAACUCAGUGAGAGAGUAUCAUCCCUAGAAAAAGAAUGUGCAUCCUUAGGUCUAGAGCUCAAAGCUGCUCAAAAUAGAUAUCAGCAAGAAGUGCGAAGUCAUCAAGAAACAGAGCGACGAGGACUUGUUUCAAAUGAAGAGGCCAAUCUUGCUGUUGUGAAAGCUCUUCAAACUAAGUUAAAUGAAGAAAAGAGUGCUAGACAGAAGGCUGAUAUGAUGUGUCAGGAAAAGGAGAGGCAGAUGUCAAUGUUAUCAGUAGACUAUCGUCAAAUUCAGCAGCGAUUGCAGAAAUUAGAGGGUGAACAAAGGCAAGAAGUAGAAAAGGUUAAAACACUGCACAUUCAAGUAGAACAAGAGCAACAAAAGAAAAAUGCCCUCCAGAGUGAAGUCAACCAGCAGGCUUCUUCUCUGGGUGCUCUUAAAGCUCGCCAUGAUCAACUUAGUGGUGAAGUAACUACUUUACGAGAAGGAAAACGAAUUGCCGAGGAAGACUUGCAUAGGCUGAAAACUCAACGAUCUGUUGACGAAUUACAACGCAAAGAACUUCAAGAUCAGUUAGAAGCAGAGCAAUACUUUUCUACGUUGUACAGAACUCAAGCUGCAGAACUCCGGGAGGAUUUAGAAGAACGCCAGAGAACAUUAAUUGAAUUGGAAGAAGAACGAGGUUCUCUUACGCACCAACUACAACUAGCUCUUGCAAGAGCUGACUCAGAAGCACUUGCUCGGUCUAUAGCCGAAGAGACGGUAGCUGAUUUGGAGAAAGACAAAACUAUGAAAGAGCUUGAACUAAAAGAUUUGUUAGCGAAGCAUCGGUCAGAGCUUUGUGCUAGAGAAUCUAAUUUGAACUCGAUAAAGGAAAGAGAACAAGAUUAUAAGAAGUCAAUUGAGCAACUUGUUAAGGAGAAGGAUGAAAUGAGUCUCCAAAUGAAACUUAUCCAAGAAGAGGUUAAGAAGGCAUCCAACGUCCAAGAAGAGAUGGAACGACUCCGAAAGCAAUUAAAACAAGAACAAUUACUUAAGGAGCAAGCUGUUCACAAACUUGCUGAGAUUAUGAACCGCAAAGAUAUUAAUCAAACAACAAAGGGUAAAGGUAGUAAGGUAUCAUCAGCUGAUUUGAGAAGAAAAGAAAAAGAGUGCCGUAAACUACAACAAGAACUGACUCAGGAAAGGGAGAAGUACUCUCAGUCUGUUACCAAAUAUCAGAAAGAAUUGCAGGAAAUGCAAUCCAACCUAGUCGAAGAAGGUCAAUCCAGAGUGCGCCUUCAGAUGGAGCUUGACUCCAAAGACUCUGAAAUUGAACAGUUGCAAGGGAAGUUGGCUUGUGUGUCCAGUGAAACAGCCUCGUUAUCUAGUGCUGAUAAUGAUACAGAUGAUCUAAGCCCAGAAUCUCGCCUAGAAGGUUGGUUGUCUGUACCUAACAAACAGAAUAUAAGAAGACAUGGGUGGAAAAAACAAUAUGUUGUUGUAUCUUCAAAGAAAAUUAUAUUCUACAACUCUGAAAGUGAUAAACAAAAUACUGACCCUAUUCUCAUUCUUGAUCUUAAUAAAGUUUUUCAUGUGAGAUCUGUGACUCAUGGUGAUGUCAUUAGAGCUGAUCCUAAGGAUAUUCCACGUAUAUUUCAGCUUUUAUAUGCUGGUGAAGGUGAAGCUCGUAGACCUGAUGAAGGUAGUAUGACUCAACUUGAACUUCCUCCGCUGAGGGAUGAUAAACCUGGUACUAUUCAACUGAAAGGUCAUGAAUUUUUGCAAAUAUCCUAUCACAUGCCCACUAAUUGUGAAGUCUGCACAAAGCCAUUGUGGCACAUGUUUAGACCCCCACCUGCAUUAGAGUGUCGACGGUGUCGUGUCAAAGUGCACAAGGAGCAUUUUGAUCGGAAAGAAGAAGCAAUUGCACCAUGCAAAUUGCAUUAUGAUCCGAAUUCGGCCAAGGAAUUGUUAGUCCUUGCUGUGAGUGCCGAUGAUCAGAAACUAUGGGUGCAACGUCUCUCCAAGAAGAUUCAAAAGUGUGGUUAUAAAGCAAAUACAUUAGGUAGUGGGACACUUGAUGGAUCUAAAGUGUCACCUAGGGAAUCUGUUAGAUCAAAUCCUAAGCAAUAUGCAAGUCUUCAGCAGCGGUCUGCUACUCUCCCUGCCAAUUCAACAAUGAGCAAGUGAUUGCUGUGAUAUUUCCAGCAUUUACGCAGCAAAUUCAGUUUGAUGUCACCUUUUAAUUUUGUCUAAAGAAAAUGGAUUUUAUUGCUACAUUUUAGCAUUUUAAUGAUUUUAUAAAGUUACUGUUUUCAAAAUUUCACCUUGGUGUGAACAAACAUAUUUUAAAUGUAAAUUUAGUGCCUUGAAGAGCAUUUUGUCUGUGUUAUUUCAGUCAACCAUAUCUUUAAUCAAGAAAGACUUCUGUGUCUUUAGCUUGGCUUUACCUAUCAAUGUGGGGUUCUUAAUUGACAUGGUGUGUGACCUUUCUUAUUUGUGCCAAGCAAGGUAAGCUCUAUUCUUAAGACUUUGUUGAUCAGUACUCAUGCCAUCCGUCCACUUAUGUUUGUAUGAGACUGAUAUGUGUACGCACCUUACUGGAGCCACUAUUUCCCGUGACUGAUUGACCUCAAAUGCUUAUUUUCAUAUUAAUGCAUACAACACAAAAAUGCAUGUCUUGUUAUUGUACCCAACCUGGUACUACAUAAUGCCCUUUGUGUGUACCCUAAGGUUAAAUGUUACAUAGUGUGCAUCCUUCUGUGAUUUUCAAAUGAAAAAAUUGUGUCCACCUUCUUAAAUAUUGCUCCAGUAAUUAUGUGCUCAUGGUUUUUACUGUCUGCUCUCUUUUUAAGUUCUUUUAUGUACUUUAAAAGUAUGUGAUAUUGUGGGUUUCUUUCAAGUAAAUUUAAUGAGUAAAUUGAUGUUCUUUUUUUUCACUCCUGAUUUUUAGGAUGGGAAUGUAUUUGAAACAUUUUCAAAAGUUGUACUUUAAUUACAGUCCAUCAUUAGUAUAUGGAGUUAACCUUGCCCCAAAUGAAGGUUUGGCCAUGAAGACUGCCCAUAUGAUAAUAGCCUCUAGAUUUUUCAAAAUUGUGAAGAGGAUCUCUCCUUUCAAGCUCUUUUUGCUGCGCAUUGUUGGAGCACAAUAUCUUGUUACGUAUGACAAACAGGAUGAAAGUUCAUCUGUAUGCCAAACUUCAUUUUUUAGAGUUUGUUAUUCUUGUUUUGGUCUGUAUUUUUUUUUUUAAUUUAUUCAGUUGCAUUGCUAAGCCAACUUUAUUGUAAAUAUUUUUUUUUUAAAUCUGAAGUAAGCUGUGAUUACUGUAGCAGACUAAAGUCCCUGUAAAUUCCACAGUAAUAUCUGCUGGAUUGACACCCUGGGUGGACACUUGGUACUAUUCCAUUUGCUAGAAGUAUAAAUAAGUAUGUAUGUUAGUACAAAUAAAAAUAAUUGUUUACCAUUGAGACGUGGCAUCUAGCAAAACCAAAGUGUUGUCAUAUUAAGGAAGAAACCAACUGACGUGUAUUCUGCAUCAAACAUGCUCUGAGUGCAAGCCUUUGCUGCAAUACAUUCCUUACGCAUUGUACAUUGUGUCCUCACUCAGUAACACUCAUCUGCCAAUUUAGUUCUUUAAAUUUAAAUUUUAAAACCUGUCUUUCUUGCAGUGAUUGUACUAAACUAUUAUUUAUCAACAUUCCUCACAAGGCAACUCCAAAUUAAUGUGAAUCAAAAAGAGUUUAAAUUAGAUAAGUUUGAAGGCACCUGCACAUUAAUUAUGGACUGAGAGACAAUCAAUGUAACAAGCGAAUGAGGCAAGGCAAGCCUCACUUGUAUAUACUGCAGUAUACACUUCUUUGUUGAAGCACAUCCAUGAGUUUUGAGAUUAAAAUGUUCCCAGUCUAAAAUCAAUUGAUCUUUUGUUCGAAUUUAUUUUUAAAGUAUCAAUCUUAAGAGGAUGCUGUGUCUAAAUUGUUUUCUGUAAUUUGAUAUGGUUCUACACUUAAACUGCAUUUUGUUAUAGCUAGGAAUCAAUUGCUGCAAUUUCAUAUGGGAGCUAGAGCAAAAGAAUGUAUUUUUGGUACUUAAUUUUAAGUUCUAAUUAGAAUACUUCAAAACAUUGUUUAUGCAUUUGCCCACCUUCCCCCUUUCUUUUCCCUUUUCCCAUCUUUAUCCAAAGCUUAUCUUUUUAUAAUUUUUGUCUGUUUUGAAUAGUUUUAUUUCCCCCAUGCUUAUCAGCAUUUAAGAAGGUUGAAUUUGAUUCAUCUUAUGAUAAGUCCUGCAUUUUAAUUAUUUGUUGUUAAAGAAAGGUUUCUCAAAAUCAUGCGAUGUGAAUAGAAUAUCAGUCUCAGUAAGUUCCUGAUUGUGCAUCAAAAACGUUCAUUGCAGGUUGACAAGACAUCUGUAUGUACAUGGUGUUGCAACAUUUUAUACAAUUUGCAACUUUUUUUGUAACCUUUGUGAUUUUAAAUAAUCAUGGAACAAUCAUGUGUAUGUCUUAUUCAAUGCGGUGUUAUGUAUGGUCAAGUUUUGUUUUCUUAUUGUUGUUAUAAAUUAUACUGAUUUGAACUAGGUUUCUUCCACUCAUGUGAGUUACUGCAUUCUCCUCAUGAAAGUUGUAAAUUAUUUUUUGAUCGGUUGCCUGUUUGUUCUUUGUUUUCUGUAGACCAGCAGUAUUUAAUUAAGGUAUGUAAGUGCCAUUGCUCAAAACUUAGCUGGAACUUCAAUUUUGUAAUCUUUCUAAAGAAGAAAAAUACACAACAAUCAAUUGGUGCUCCUUGCAUCAGUGAAUGUAGAUCUUACUGAUAUUACUGUUAUUUUGAAUACUUGCCUUGUAAUGAAAUGGUUGUUGAAGCUAGAGCUUGCUCACUGCAAUACUUAUUCAUAUUUUUACAUCGCUUCAACGCCAAUUUGGAAUGGACUGAUGGGUUGGCUUAUUGAUAGUUGACAUACUGCAAUAGUAUAUACAUGUAACCCAUCACUCCAUUCAUGUACCUAGUGCUGAUUUCCCCUUUAUAAAAAUGAAUUACUUUUAUCAUUACAUGUAUUAAAGUUUCAUUACUGAAUUGGGAAAAAAAUACCACCAGGCAUGUAUAAUAUUUGUCAAUGUUAAUCGCCUGCUAAAUAAAAACAUGGUGCCUUCAAAGUCAGUCUGAUGUGUAUGAUAUAGAAAGUAAAUAUUCCUAAGUAUGGAAACAAUUUUGUGAAAUUUAUGUACAUUUAUCUUUCUGAAGCUUUUUUUACAAAAUGGAUGAUAACCAUUUUUAUUCUCAUGAAGUUCUGAGUCAGUUUUGUGAACAAUUUUUUGUGAAUGAGACUAGUUUUUGUAGGUUCAUAAAUAAAGCUUUCAUUAUUGCCUCUUUUUUAUAUACAUAGUAAGGAUGCUAUUGUACUGUAUAUGCACAUCAAUAAAGGCAAUACAGAACCAA